AUAAAUUAUUAUAAGUAUUAUGGUAACCCAAUUUUAUUUCAAAUGUCAGUAACUAAAAAACGUAAAUGUAAAUAAGAAGCAAUUAAAGCAUCUCAAAAUGGGUAUUCUAUUUUCAAGGUUCCAUAAAAAGAUAGCUACGAUUGAAGUUCUUAAUAACCUAGAUAAAAGAAUAAAAGAUAUUGAACAAUAUGGACAAAAUACAGAACAAAGACACAAAAAAAUAGUUGGCACCUUGAUCAUUUGCAGUGUAAUUUUGUAUAUCAUUACAGCAAUGAUUUUGUAUUUUUAUUUUUUUCCUGCAAAGAUGUGUGAUCAAUUGCUUUAUAUUACUUUAUUUCUUCUUUUUCCAAUUUUGAUAUUAUUUGCAAAAAAUAUAGUAUCAUGGUAUUAUACAAGAAAAAUUUCAAGAAAUCAAGAGAAACUUAUAACAAUGUUACAAGAAAAAAAAAAAAUAUUGGAUGAAGUUACAGAGACCGAAACUUAUAAGAAAGCUAAAGAAAUAUUAAUGAAAUUUGCACCAGAUCAGUUGAAAAUAACACCAAUGCUUUGUCCACAAUCUGUAAUUAUAUCAGAUUCACCAAAACUAAGUACUACACAAAUGAUUGUACCAUCAUUACAAACAGAAGUAGAAUUACGUCGAAGAGCUUUAACUUCAUCUAAUUUUCCUCAAAAUCUUUCAAUAAACAGAAUAACUCAACCUGAAAUAGUAAGAAUUACACCUUCACAAACACCAUCAACUGUUUAUCAAAAAAGUGAAUCUUCGUUACCCAGACCAAUUUUAUCUCAACAAAGAAGCUAUAUUGAUCGAUUAAUAGAAUAUGUUAUUGGUGAUGGACCAAAUAAUCGAUAUGCUUUAAUAUGUCGACAAUGUGAUUCACACAAUGGAAUGGCAUUAAAAGAAGAAUUUGAAUAUUUUGCAUUCAGAUGCUGUUAUUGUAACUUUUGGAAUCCAGCUAGAAAGCAAAAACCUUCUGCUCCUAAAUUAGAGUUUGAUAAUAACUUAGUAACUCCUCAAAAAUUGUCUCUUCAAAUUAAUAAAUCAGUCGACAAUUUAUUGGAUAUUUCAAAUGAAAAUGAAAUUAUUUCAAAUCUAUCUGAUACAGAUUCUGAUAUAGAAGUUGUAGCACAAUCUUAUCCAAUAGCAGAAAAUGAAGAAGAUAAAUUGAAAAAUAGUAUAAAUAAUGACAUUGAAAUUCCAGAGCCUUGCUUUUCUAGAGUUCUCGAAAGUUCUAAAGCUUUGUCUCUGGUGUAAUGUAAGUCUAUCGGCAUAGCAACACCUGUAAGUAAAAAUAGCACCUAAUACAAAGGCACCUCUCUAAUUGUGCGA